CUGGCAGAUGCCUCUGGUGUAACAGGCCGAUCAUUAUGGAGGAACCGGGACCCUGCGACGGGAGGGACCCUGACCGACCGACCGCUGCGGAGUGCCCAUCAAGGCGGUUUAUACCAGGAUAAAAACAUUUUGUGUGUCUGAUAGUUAAAAGCCAGUCAGUGAGCUACAGAGGAGACGGUGUUUGCCGGGGAUUCAAUCAGAGCCAGAGCCGCGGCUGGUCGGUAAACGAGGAGAGGGCGACGUUAGGAAACUGGAAAGACAGCAGUUUUCAGUCUAACUGGAUCCAGCUCGGAAUAGCGAGAGCGAUGGAUGAACUGUCGAUUACAAGUCGGUCUGGUCAGCCCAACCCAGUCAGAGCAGGGUGGGUUCUUCCGGAGUGAAAUCAGUCGGCUCUUAUCUGUUGGCUUCUCCUCCGCCGGGCGGCGAUGUCCGCUUUCUGCCUAGACCUGCAGACGUCUGCCGUGGUUUCAGCACCACUGGAGCUGGACAGCGACUGCAUGGAGCCCCGGACCAGCCCCGCCGCUCAGGAGCCCGGCGGCUUUCAGGGUCACCCGCUGCGGCACACCGGCUCCGGAGGCCUCGGCAUGGCCUUGGAGGAGGAACUGGCCAUGCUCACAGGGGAGCGGGAUGGCGAGGAGGAGCUGUCGGACCUAGAGGCGCCUGCGGUGGGGCAUAACGCAGACUUACUGUCGCUCUUCCGUCAAAAGGAAAAAGACUUGGUUUUAGCCGCUAAACUCGGCAAAGCGCUGCUGGAGAGAAACCAAGACUUGACCAAGCAAUAUGAGAAAAUGCACAAAGAUCUCAGUGAGAAAUUAGAGCAUUUGGAGCAAGAGAAGCAUGAAUUGCGUCGGCGUCUUGAAAGUCGAGAGGGGGAGUGGGAGGGCCGUGUGGCUGAGCUGGAGACAGACGUGCAGCAGCUGCAGGGUGAGCUGGAACGACACCAGGUCCAGCUGAGAGAGGCUGACAGGGACAAGACCAAGGCCAUCAGCGAGCUCUCUGAACAGAACCAUAGACUGCUGGAGCAACUCAGUAAGGCUGCAGAGGUGGAGAGGCAGCUGUCCACUCAGGUCCAUUCAUUACGGGAUGACUUCAGGGAGAAGAGUAUGUCUACAAGCCAGCACAUGACACGACUAGAAACUCUACAGGCUGAGAUUAAGAUGCUGUCAGAGAGGAAGAUGGAGCUGGAGCGUCGGGUGCAUGCAAUGCUGGAGGAGAACGAGCUGCUGCAGAAUACAGUGGAUGACCUCAGAGAAAGGACGCUGGUGUUUGAGAAGCAGUGUCACGAGAAGGACCUACAGUUGCGUCAGAGCCAGCUGGAGCUCCAGGAGGUUCAGGUGUCCCACAGACAGCUGACCGCUCGGCUGGAGGAGCUGACGGAGGAGCACAGCCUCCAAAGCCUCACACCCCACCCAUCCAGUCUGCUCUGUGAGAUAGAGCAGAGCAUGGAGCAGGAGGAGCAGGAGCAAGAAAGGGAGCAGCUGCGUCUUCAGCUGUGGGAGGCCUACUGUGAGGUCCGCUCGCUCUGCUCCCAUCUCCGGGGAAACGACGUCACAGACUCGGCCUUGUCCACAGACUCUUCCAUGGACGAGUCCUCGGAGACGUCCUCAGCCAAGGAUGUGCCUACUGGGAGCCUCCACACCAGCCUGCUUGAGCUACGGAGGUUGACACAGAAUCUGCUGGACGGCAACGAGUCCACGGGCUCGCGGCGCAGCGAUGAGGAAGCUCUGGAGGAGCAGGUGAGGAAGCUGGGAGAAGAAAUGAGAGAAGUCAGAGAGCUGUACGAAGCCGAGCAGGACAAAACACGCAGCAAUGAAGAGGAGCUGCUACAGCUGCACAAUCAGAUGGCGCUGCUCUCUGUAGAGAUGUGCUCUCUCCAGGAGGAGAAUGAGCGCAUGAGGGUGAUGGCUGAAGUCCGAGAACCCAGUGAGCAGCUCCAGAGUGCAAUUAGAGACCGAGAUGACGCCAUAGCCAAGAAGAAAGCGGUGGAGAUGGAGCUGGCCAAGUGUAAAAUAGACAUCAUGUCUCUGAAUGGCCAGCUCCUGGAUGCCAUCCAGCAAAAGCUCAACUUGUCGCAGCAGCUGGAGGCCUGGCAGGAUGAUAUGCACAGAGUGAUUGACCAGCAGCUGAUGGACAAGCAGCAGGACGAGUGGCGCUCCGCCCCAUCCUCCCUGUCAGGGUCAUCGAGGGCCCACAGCGGUCAGUCCUCCAGACGAGCUCACCGCAUCUCCGACCGGGACAGGAGACUUUUCUCUUUUUUCAAAAAGAACUGAGCCCUGUUGGACAAGCCCUGAGCAGCACAGCAGACAGACAAGAGACAGACAAGGCGAGGGAGAAGGAGGGAAUGACAUCACAGUACAGGGGUAACAACACAGCCAAAGAUGGGCAGUGGCACACACACUGAAGUUUUUUUUUUGUUUUUUUUUUGGGGGGGGGGGGUCAUUUUUGCACUUUAUCUGUCCCAUUACUCUUCUUCUUACUGGUUCAUUGGUGACUGCUGACAAUGAGAGAUAGAAAUAUAAGAAUAGGACUUCCCCAGAGGCUUUGGCUUCAGCCCCUCUCUUAGAAAGGUGGUCUUACAGAUCAAGAACAGGGUCACAAAGUUUACCUCCAAAGAGGAAGGUUUCCUUGUAGUGCCUACGAACCAUCUCUACUACCCCACUGCCAACUCUGUAGAGAGGGAACACUAUGUACUAACUCUUACUGUAUGCAUCCCAGUUAUCAGGCCAAGGAGUCUGGGGAAAGACAGGGGAUAUAUGGGACACAGCAGGAUCAUGGGAACAGAUGAGGAUAGCAUGACAGAGUUGUGUACCAGAAUAUGAUGAGACAUAGCAGAAUGAUGAGCAUCAUCUUGGUACGGAGCAGUGAUGCUGCAACCAACCCAUAUGUGAUCUCUCAGGUUUAUUCAUUUGUUCAGGGGAUGUUCACAACAUGAGGCCACAGCUGGAUUUAUCACACAGUGUACUGUAUAUCUGACAAAACAAGUGACAAAAAGAAUGCUUAUUUCUUAUUGACAUUUAGGCAGUAUGUCAUUUUACAGUGAGGAUUUACCAAAGUUUACCACCCAAAUGUCCAGUCAAAGUGAGAAAAGGAAACUAUUAAAGGGGCUCUCCAGUGAUUUACUCACAUAAAGUUGAGGGACUCACAAAAGAUUAAAGCUGCACUGACACAAUAUUUUAUAUUAACAAUGUAUCAAAUGAGUAUAUGUAGUGUGAAAGGGGUCGCUCGUAGUAACACACCCACUGAAAAUUGUUACCCAACUCUACAGCUCCCCUUAGCUCUACACAGCAUUUUAGCAUUUAUUUGCUUAUUGUUUUAACUUUACAACUUUAACUUCACUGUUUUGGCUCACAUCAUUCUUAACAACCUGGUUUACAGUAGCUGUUUUCAUUGAAAAAGCUCUCAUAAACCUACUGUUCACUACCUGCUCAGUUAAAAAUGGCAGACAGACAGUUAGCGACUAGCUGGUGAGCAUGGUGCAGCAUUUACCAGCUAAAGAACCAGAAAUAGAUGGAGAGACAAUAUUGGACUUAAAAUUUGUUUGUCCGAAUUAAUGAUAAUGUUGCUUCAUGUCUGCUUGAUGUGUAAAAAGACAAUUGCCAUAACAAGAAAAACCAUCAAUGCAGCCUUAAAAAAAUGUAAAAAUUGAAGCAGCAGAUGCAUUUUAGGCUCCUAAUAUCAAGCUCCUAAAACAUUGGAUCCUACAUUUCCCCUAAUGCCUGAUAAAGUUUCAUUAGACCCUCCCUGAGAUCCACCAGGCCUUCAUGUUCAUCUCCAACAUGUGAAUAAAUCUUUGGGUGGCUGAAGUUAGCGAUAGCAUCUGUCCAGUAUUAUUUUUCUACAAUUCACAUUAUAUUUAACAUUUAAAACAUAUCAUUUUUCCGAGGAAAAAGAACUGUCCAACAUCGUCCACAUGAUGUCAAUCAUCUUCCUAGUUGACCAAAAUUUAAAAAUGUUUACAUCAGCGUGAGAAGGAGGGAGAGCUGUAAAAUGCUCAUGAGAUCUCCAAAUUAAUCAAUCUGUUUCUCAACAAUAACCUGUUGAAUUUCAUAUCAUCAAAAGACAUGUAGGUGUUAAGACACUCCACACGUCCUCUGCUGUGGUCAACAACUGAGUUGCUUUGGUUAAACACUAAUAGAAAAAGGUCUACCUCCAUUCUCAUUGCUUCAAUACUUCACAGGCACUUUGAUUUCUUAGCUGUCGGGCUUCCGUUUAGGUGACAUAUCUGUGACUCCAUUGGUAAUACAGUAUGUGCUGACCUGAAAUCUCUGAGCAUGAAUGACUUACAGCGUGGCACAGUGAUGUCUCAUGUCUGUCUGUGUUUGAACUCAUGUCUAAUGCAGCUGUGCAAACCUAUGCAGAUGUCUUCUUGUCAUCUCAGCUGGUUGUUGGGAAGGAUCAACCCAAAGAAUGAUUUUUUAUUAAAAAAAAAAAAGUCGAAAUAGGUUUGGAUGAAAUCGAUAUAUUUAUAAGAAAAAAUGCAUAACUUUUGGAUGAAAACCUUUUUUUAGAAAGAAAUAUACCUGUACAUUGUUAUUUGUAGUUUUUUUUCCAUGUGUGUCCUAACUGUGAGCAGGAAUUCUUCUGGUGACUCAGACAUUAUCAUUCAUGUUUAUUUGACUGUUCAGGGGUGGCAUGCAGUAGAGCUGGCAAGAGCUACAUGAGCAACCAAAUUAUUCACCAAUGUGUUGGGUAAUAUACCUGAAAGGACACGAGAAGCUUCAUUAAUCUCAAUUAUUAAUCCAAGAGUGCCCGAUAAAUUGCAAAUUCAUCAUUAAGUUCAGAUCAGACAGUUCUUGGCAUCAUAUCCUGAUAAGUCAGCCUUUAUAAAGGGUUUAUAAGAUGUGAAUAAUGGCUUUAUUAAUGGUUAAAAAAGGGUUUACCAAUGCUUCAUAGAUCAAUUGUAAGCCAUUUAUAAACUGUAUAUAAACAGUUAAUAAAUGCUUUACAACAUACUAUGAUGUAGUUAUAAACAGAUGUAAGUGUUUAUUAAUGUAUAACUCCUCCUGUGGGAACCCAUAAAUAAAGGGUGGUAUGUAAAUAUAUUUUAUAUUGAAUGACAAUAUAGUAAAACACAGUUGUAAUAAUAUAAAAUAUGUCUUCA